CUAAAUGCAAUAUCUGCUCCUUGCCAAACAAACAGUUCGAGUCCGUCGUCAGUUGCCACUAGAGUUUCUGAAUAAUUCGGCAGAAAGAAGUGCAAGAAACAUCUGUAUACUUUGGCUUCACAGCACAGCAGUUAUUUAAGUCUGUGGGGAUUAAGACAACAACCAGAGUCGAAAGGAUUCAAAAGCAAUUUCAUCGUAGCAGAAAUUAUUAAAUCAUAUUGGCUUAAAAAUAAUUUAAGUAAUUGUAGUCGUUGAAUGGAAUCUAAAACAACACCCAUAUGAACAAAAAUUAAACAAAAGAGUCCUGCAUGCCGAAUUUGAAUACUAAAAAUUGAAGAAAAACUGUUCAAUUCAUAACCGUUUCAUCAUUAAAUAGAAAGUGAAUAAAAAUCGAUUGAUUGGCAGAGAUUCUGUGAAAUUUUCCUCAAAUUGAAUUGUGUGUUCACUGCGCAGCACUGAAAAUUCGAUAAAACCCACACAAGAAUUCGGAAAAGGAAAACGCGAACAACAGAGGCUCGUGCGAAUAAAUUCCACGGCGAAUGGCUAUCUACAAUACCAGCAAAAAUCACACAUAGUCUUAAAAAGAAACAGCAACAACGACGACGGCAACAACGCAUCUGCAGCAGCUGUUACGGCAACUGCAACAAAAUACGAACACGACAAAAGCUAAAGCAAGAAGCCGAUAGAAUUCUUCAUUAUAAGCAGACCAUUAUUAUUGGCACGAGAAGUUUGACCGGACGGACAUUGAAAAAUUCAUAGACAUAGACUGGUCGAAAAACUAAAAAAAUUAAAAACGUGCUUUCGGUUAAAAAGAGAAUUGACAGAAUAUUAAGACUGAUGCCGGCAAAGUGCUUGUGUAGAUAGAAAUAAAAAUUGAAGAAAAUAUAAUAGUAAUAGCUAUUAUUUUUGUGAAUCGCAUUUUUACGCGUCUUUUUAAAAAAUAAAAAAAAAAAAUAAUAAUAACUAAAAUAUUACGGAAUAAAACUUGAACCAAUAAAAAACGAAACGUGAGACGUAUCGGUAAUUCAAGUUAAAUAAACAGGACUAAAAUAAGAAUACAUUUGGAAAUACACCUUUACAUAAUCUCGUUGAACUUUAUUUGUUUAAAUGGAAAUCAUUCCUGAAGGUAAACAUUUUCGUUUGGUGCAAGAAUCUGAGCUUCCAGAAAUUUUGGAGUAUUUGGAAAGAUACUUACCGGAGUCACUAAAGUUUCAUCAAACCAUAAAAACGUACCUGAAUGAUCGUGUUUGGGACUUUUACUUUUAUGUUUCUAAAGAUUGGCCCGAGAAACCAAUAAUAUUACAUUUUCCAGGAUGCACGCUUACGCCCAACAACAAUAUCUACCAAAGCUUUGGCAUCUUUUGUCCCUCAACACAAAUCGAAUGUGUGGAUCUGAUGCGCACCGAGGAUGCCCUUAUCGACUGGCAACAGCCAUUGUACCUGAAUUUCACGCAUAUUGCUAUCAUGAAUCGCCUGGAUGACUUUUACUCCACUUUCGGUGUAAUGGAGCGGCUUGAAGGCGACAUCUAUGUGUGUAAUGAGCUGAACACAGACUUGGAGUUGGAGGAAUUGUCUGACGAUGCAGAGAUGCGUCCUCUUACUGCUGAUGACGUGAAAGGUAUACACGACUUGUAUCCGGCCAGCGAGAUUGAACGCAUAGAAGUAUUCGAGAUAUUGGUGCAGGUGUUGCCAGGACUGGGAAUCUUUCGCAAAGAUACCAAUGAAUUGGCUGCAUGGAUGGUGCACUCUUACUAUGGAGCAAUGUUCUCGAUGCAAACACGUCCAGAGUAUCGUCGCAAGGGUUAUGGAAUACGUCUUGCUAGAGCUCUAACUAAACUUGUAAUUGAACGUGGCUAUUCGCCCUUCGUCGUCAUACGUCCACAAAACGAUGCAUCUAGAAAUCUUUAUACCAAGCUAGGCUUUACGAAAGCGUACGAAACAUGUCGAGUCAAAAUGACUCCCGGUCUAGAAGAAGGCAACCAAGAAGAAGAGCAGCAGUCUAAUCACGAAGCAACGACCAAUGGGGUUGCCGAAGGUAAAGAGCCGUUAAGGCAGACAGACGACGAGACAGAGGACAACAAAGAGAAUCAACCAAUCGAUGAGGGCAUAGAGGAUAUGCUAGCUGAAAAAUGUGAUAUUGGUAAGGAGGAAAUGUGUACCGCCCACGUGAAAGCCGCCAUGGACGAGGGCAUCGAAGAAGAUAAAUAAAUAAUUAAGCGCAUAAGAAUGAAUGAGUAAAAAUGAUCAGGAGUAACAGGGAAUAAGCUAUGUUUGUAUAAGAGUAACCACGAUGGGAGGGAGGGGCGACUAGUCGGGUAUAAAAAUAAGAAAUGAAACUAACAAAAGCUAUUACAAAUGCUGAUAUGCAAAAAAAGAAACAAAAAUGAAAACAAAAAAACUCCAUUAAUAUAUUAUAUACUUAUAACAAUGCAAAGAAAAACAAUAAGAAAUGAGUGCACUUGGACGCCGAUGCGAUGUAUAAUGUAAAUUGUAUAGACCGAAAGAGAUAUUGCGUAAUAGAAGUUAAAUAAGAAGGAAACCUGCAGGAAUAGUAUGCAUAUAAACCAAGUUUAUUUGUGUAUACAAGUAUUUGUUCACAGAAAUUUCGAUUCGGAGCCAGUGCACUCGCACAAACACAUGAAAGGAUUAUUUCAAAUAUAUAGAUAUACAUACAUACAAAAUGUAUACAAAAUAAUACAUAUAUGAAUCGAAGAGGAUUUAUUUUAAAGGUUUUUGCUAAAAUGCUUUUACAAAAACAAAAAUAUGGUAAUAAUUGAGAGUUUAAAUGUAUGCAUCAACAUUGAAUAAGGACAAAGAGUAAUUCCGAUAAGGACUUCCAAGAUUUUAAUGAAACAUGCAUACGCACUUUGUGUGUGAAUAAUUUAUUUAUCUUCAUAACUAUGAUUGCGUCGGCGAAUACUAUAAAACUCAAGCAUAUUAUACUUAGAUAAUCGAUUGGCAGCCUAAAUCCGGGCAAAGCCGACUUAAGGGCUUCUGCAAAAAAUUUUGAUCUAACAAAUUUAUAUGAGUUUUCGCACUAAGCACACGACAAUUUCCAAGCACAAGAGUAUUAUAUGGUUUAACAAAUAGUUUUACAAAUGCAUAUUAGACAUUUUAUAAAGGUAUUUGUUAUAGUAUUGUGAAGUACAUGCAAAAUAUAUUAUUAUAUACGAAUUAAACCUACAGCAUAAUUUAAAACUAUGAAGUAACAAAAAAAGAAAAUAUUUUUGAAUCUUAAUUCCAUUUAAUUUACAUAUAAAUAUACAUAUGUAUGUACGCAUGCACCUAACUUUACAAGCUACUUUUUAAGUAAUCCAUUCAUAAGAAAACUACAACUCAUUGAAUUAGUUUAAAAACAGAAUUUGGAAAUACUCACAUGAAUGCGCUCAUUGAGCUUCGUGAGCUUCGGUGUUUGGAUUUAUAUUAUAUUUUAUGUAGCCAUUAAAUCAAAUUUGUAAACAAAAUUGUAAACGCUUGGGAAAAUUGGGAAUAGGAAAUCUCUCCAUGGCUAAUUCAAGUACGGAGGAGUUAAAAAAUUUCGCAUUCACAUCUAAGUUCUGCGUCGAAAGUUUCCCGACUGUUUGAAAAUUAGGAAAACUAAAAGAGAUUUUGGCAAAGUUGAUUUAUGUAAUUCACAUUAGUUCCCUCCGGACUCUAUACGCCGCUUUGUGGGAGCGAAAACAUAUAAUUCGAAUUGCUUAACUUGUUUUUGGAAACAUUAUUUAGGAUGGGGUCGUCAACCUUCGAAUGUCAUCAAUGUGUGCAAAAUGCUUGCUUUCAUAGCCAUACCCAAGCCUCCAGUGGGAAAAAAUGUCACACGGUGCUAAAUCCGCAUAGACAGAAUGCCAUUUAUGGUGAAAAUUUGUUCUUCUCCUUGACUGGCGUAAUAACCGCUUGAGCGAUUUUGGCCGAGUUUAAAAAAGAGCGCCAGUCGGUUCUUUCUGGUGCUAACCGGCGCCAGACUUUGUUUUAUUUCUCAUUGGGGAAGGAUUUUUACGGGGCGGGUCCCAAAGCGCACAACCAGAUAUGCUGGAUUGUUUCGCCUUCUCAUAUUAGUCUGCUCUCAAGGGGAUGUUCCGGAGCUACCCAGAGGAUACUUGAGUGAAGCCCGGAAGUUGUGUGCUGAAGAAUCGUCCAGCCCACUUCCAAGUGAAUGGCAAUCAGGGAUUUCCCCACUUGCGUGGACUUCUAUACAUACGGAAACAUCCGCUAUUAUGGUCAAAACCUGCGCUUUUAAAGUUGAACGACCAAAAUACCCUCCAUUUGUGGGUAUUUUGGUCGAACAUGACGAAAUCACGGCAUCAAGCGCUUCAUAACACAGAGAUACCACACAGCAUUAACGUUUCGGCCCAUAUCCAUGUAACGCAAUCGAGGUUUUCGCUUUUUUCAUUCAUAGUAGAUCCUGGACGACCGGCGUUUAAACUUCUCAAAAGUAGUAGUACGAGAAAAGCCAAAUCAUUAAAAGCUUUUUGCAUAACUAAAGAGCUACCGCGUGGUUGUGUUGCAGAGUUCAAAAGCAGUUCUUUAAAUUGGCUCUUCGUUUAAAAUAAAUUUUUCGACUGAUAGUUCAGAAAUACAGUUACACUAGAUGUUUUCGUUGUUGUUGUAGCAGCAUUGUAUGGGGAACGCUGCUGGAGCGACAGUUCUUGGCCGGAUACAAGUCCGGGUCAUUCCGGUAACAUAGAACCGACUGUGGGGCGAAUGGUUACCUUAAAUGCAAAACUUAGCUGCUGUUAAACCAAAUCUCGUGAAUUUUUUAGACACCACGGGUAAUGGAUGUGUGAUCGUACUCUUGUAUCUAAAAUAUGGCUCCACAGGUUGCUGAGACAUGAAGGCAAUUCGGGCACUUUUGAGGCAGACUUUGUGUGUGUUCGCCGCUCUCAACCACUACGGAAUUGUUGCGACCCUGUUACUUUUUUGUUGCUGAUACUCAGCUGCUCGAAGCUACUUAGUUCCGAACGUGUUGUUUGAAAAUAUAAAAAUAUGGAUCAGUAUUCAUUUCAUUUGAACUCUGCGCUAAAAGCAACGAAUAAACAAUAUUGAGCUUAAAAGUAGUAUUUAUUAAAUAAAAACUUCCUUUUCCUCUUCCAUUUCGACUCUGUAGUGAAAACUUUUAUAUUGCGCUUGAUUGGCUCAUCAUUGACCAUCUGAUUGUAAACAUUUUAUCGGCAGACGCGUGACGUUGCCAUUGUUGCCUAAAUUUGUGGCUGAACCUGGUGCCAUCUCGAAAAAAGUAGCACUGCCGCAAUUAUUACACCUCGAACACACUCUAUAUAUGCACAUAUGUACAUACAUGCAUCUGUGAAACUUCCUAUUGCUAACUUAUACAGGCAUGCAGACGUGGACGAAGUUGCUUUUCUCUGCUUUUCUGAUCUGAAUAACGUCGAAAAAAAACCAAUUUUAAGCACGCGUUUGUACGAACAUGAGUGCAUAUUAUUUCCGAAAUCGGUUCAAAUUUUAACUCAACAAUACUGCUCUGCGUACACAAACAUAAUCAUAUACAUACAUAUGUAUGUUCACACGUACGAACGUAUUUUUGCGCAGGGACGAAUAUAUGUAUGUAUGUAAAUCUGUAUGUGUGCGCAUUUCGAAUGUUAUAAUAUCCAACUUUGGCAAAAUACAGCAUCCGAUUUUUUUAAUAAAAUUAAGAACUUUCUUUCAAUGAAAAACAAAAAAUUAGUAAACUUAAGAAAAGCUUUAUUUAAGAAGAUUGCGAUUGGUGAAUGAGUUAUGUUACCGAAGGUAAGAAGCCGAAGGAUACAAACAUAUGUACAUAUGUAUAAUGAGUAUGAGUGAUCAAAAUGUGCGCGUGCAUGUGUACAUAUGUACUUACAAGACAUUCGCGUGGAUACAAAUGCGCAGAUAGAACAAAAUUAGCAAUGCCACAAUUAUUCGGCACAAAUAUACAUUUAUUGGGCAACAUAUACAUACAUACAUAUUAUCCAAUAUGGCCUAGGCAUAAAAGUGUCUGAUUGAAGAUGCGCAUUAAUGGACAGUAGUCGCUCGAUUCUGUGAACCAAUUCCUUUUUACCUAUCAGUUGUUGUGAAGAAUUUGUUUGGCCGUUUUUUGGAGAAUAAGUAACGAAAAUGUUGACCUAAUUAGAGCACCUUUAUUACACAAGUCUUUUGAGAUCAGAUCACAAGUCGUUGGCGACCUAUUCGCCUAAUUGAUUUUUCAACCACUUUCGGGCAAAUAUAAAGUCCGGACCAUCAUUGUCGCAAGUGUUAGGAAAAGUCAUAACCAACAAGUGGACGAAAAUUGCUAAAUUGUUUAAAAGAAUUCUUGCCCUGCUGGUUUUCUUUGUUUUUUUUUUUUUACAAAUACCAUAGUUUCGGAAGAAAGCUGUUGCUAAAACAAAUGGCAGCCUCUUCUGUGUAAUAUUCAGUUGUAGUCAUGCACCAGAACGUCCUUUCAGUUUAAAGUGGGUUUUUAAAUCAGGCGCCACAAUUCGACAUUCAAAGAAAAUGUUCGAAUCUUACUUUAAAAUUUCUCAAACAAUAUAUUUAUUGACUCAUAUUUAAUAAUUUUAACUGCUAUGGGACGGUUUCUGAGGAGUCACAAUUUCAUUAAAAGAAGUAACAGAAAAAUUCAGUUCAAUUCAAAUGAAAGCGGAGGGAACUAAAAAGAAAAAGGAAAAACAGUGGAAAAAUUGCUGUCAACCGCUUUAACUAUAAAAAUCAGUAAAAACAACAGGAAUCUUUUUUUUUUUAUUGCAACGAAGGUGAAACGUUGAAGUACCACUCUGGCACUCUCCAGGUAGCACUCAAGCGCCGUUUUGGUUUGCAAAGAAGAAAGAACACAUUUCAAAACAAACACUACGGAACAUUUUUCGGACCACUUUUCUGGCACAUUUUUGCUUCAGCUGAAAUUUUUUACGGGUUCUAUAUCGAAGAAAAGAAGUGCGUACACCAACAACAAUAGCAGCGUGACAUAUUGCAGAGUUAAUUGAAUUUGUAAGCGAAUUGUUGACGUGUCUUCGAUGAUUUUUUAACAAAAUAUAUGGGUAAUUUUUUUCCAAACUCAGAAAAACGCGUUUCGUAAGAAAAGCAAUGACUGUGAAUAAUUAGAAAUCACUUUAGUUAAAUACUCGCGAAUUAAAACGAUGAAUUGCUAAUAAAAAAUAAACUGCAUUGAAUAUUUGGAAGUAAAAAAUUAAAAUAAUGAAAAUCAGCGCAAACCAGAAAAAUAUGAUUUCCUUAUAUCCAAGCGUGUAUGUGUGUAUGUGUAUGCUAAUAUAAAGAGGAAGUUUUGUUUUGUCUGUGUUGAGUUUAUAAAAAUAAGUUUAUUUAAAAAACCUGUCUAAGUACCGUUGGGUAAAUGUCAAUGUACAUAUGUAUGCAUACAAGCCGUUAAUGAGUAUUUUUUCACAUAUUCGAUGCUAUAAGCCCCCAAGUGCAUAUGUUUAUUCUCGUAAUGGGAUAUAUGUAUAUAUGUAUACUUACUUGAAUAUGUAUGCAUCAAAAUCAAAAUUAUACAAAAAGUGUACGAAAAUUUAAGUAUCACAGAAACGAAGGCAUAGAUGCGAAAUCUAUUCGUAGAAGAAGAAAUGAAUAAAAUGAUUGUGCAAAACUAA